GCGCUAUCUGCCCUCCUGGCCCUGGCGCCCGGCCUGCGGCGCGUACCGGCGGACCGUGGGCCUAACAACUCUCGUGCGGCCGGGCAGAAAGAAAAUUUUUCCCUCUGCCUGCAGCGGUUGCGUGCAGUAUAAAAAAGAUUUGAUGAGCUCUUUUCACUCAUCUUCUACCCAACUUGAGGAGGUUGGAGUUGGGUUCUUCUUUCCUGGCAAUCUGGCAACUGUCCCCAUUUCAGUACCCAACCAACUCUCCGUGAUACAUAUACAACACGCACUACACGAUGGCUUUCAAAGACUGCACCAAGGCUCUUGAGGAGUUGAAGGCUUACAAGGCCAAGGACGGGUUGUCCGUCAGCGAGUUGAUGGACUCUCACGUUAGAGGAGGGUUGACAUACAACGAUUUCCUCGUUUUGCCAGGAAAGAUCGACUUCCCAUCUUCUGCCGUCUCCUUGGAGUCCAAACUCACCAAGAACAUCACGCUGAAGACCCCAUUUGUCUCGUCUCCUAUGGAUACCGUCACUGAGGCUGAGAUGGCCAUCCACAUGGCGUUGCUCGGUGGUAUUGGUAUCAUCCACCACAACUCGUCUGCUGAGGACCAGGCGGAGAUGGUGAAGAGAGUCAAGAGAUACGAGAACGGUUUCAUCAACGAGCCGGUCGUGUUGUCUCCAGAGGCAACCAUUGGCGAGGCAAAGGCCUUGAAGCAAGAGUUGGGAUUUGCUGGUUUCCCAGUUACUGAGGAUGGUAAGUUCCCAGGUAAGCUCAUUGGUAUCGUCACCUCUCGUGAUAUCCAGUUUGUUGAAGACGUCACUGCUAAGGUCUCCGAGGUUAUGACUACCGAAUUGGUCACUGCCCACAAGGGUAUCAACUUGACUGAUGCCAAUGAAAUCUUGAGAAAGUCCAAGAAGGGUAAACUCCCAAUCGUUGAUGACAACGGCACCUUGGUUUCUCUCUUGUCAAGAACUGACUUGCAGAAGAACUUGAACUAUCCAAACGCUUCCAAGUCUGCCACCACCAAGCAAUUGCUCUGUGGUGCUGCUAUUGGUACUUUGGAUGCUGACAGAGAACGUUUGGCCUUGCUUGUCCAGGCUGGUUUGGACGUUGUUGUCUUGGACUCAUCCCAAGGUAACUCUGUCUUCCAGUUGAACAUGAUCAAGUGGAUCAAGGAGACUUACCCACAAUUGGAUGUCAUUGCAGGUAACGUUGUUACCCGUGAACAAGCUGCCUCUUUGAUCGCUGCUGGUGCCGAUGGUUUGAGAAUCGGUAUGGGUUCUGGUUCCAUCUGUAUCACUCAAGAGGUUAUGGCUUGUGGUAGACCACAAGGUACUGCCGUGUACAACGUUACCCAAUUCGCCAACCAAUUCGGUGUUCCAUGUAUCGCUGAUGGUGGUGUCCAAAACAUUGGUCACAUCACCAAGGCCAUCACCUUGGGUGCUUCCUGUGUCAUGAUGGGCUCCAUGCUUGCUGGUACCACCGAAUCCCCAGGUGACUACUUCUACCGUGACGGUAAGCGUCUCAAGACCUACAGAGGUAUGGGUUCUAUUGAUGCUAUGCAAAAGACCGAUGUCAAGGGGAAUGCAUCCACUUCUAGAUACUUUUCUGAAUCUGAUGCUGUCUUUGUUGCUCAAGGUGUCUCUGGUUCCGUCGUUGACAAGGGUUCCAUCAAGAAGUACAUUCCAUACUUGUACAACGGUUUGCAACACUCUUGUCAAGACAUUGGUGUCAAGUCCGUCUUGGAGUUGAGAGAGAAGUCCGACUCCGGUGAAGUUAGAUUCGAGUAUAGAACUCCUUCUGCCCAAUUGGAAGGUGGUGUCCACAACUUGCACUCUUAUGAAAAGCGUUUGUUCAACUAAGCUUAGGUUGUUGGAAAAGUCCCUUGUGUGUCAUUGGAGAUGUCCUCUUUAAUGAUGUACGAUUUUUAAUUUAAUUGCAUGCUGAUUUCUAUACGGA